AUGCCUUUCCCACAAUUUCCACACGUUCCGAAUAUUUGCCUUCAACCCGAAGUCCUGAUCUCCCUUAACAUCGUCGUCAGAUUCGGACUCACGAUGAACGGUCACGAGGCUCACGGUCAGGGCCAGUACCAGUACCAUAGAGACCCGCGUCUGCAACAGAACCAACAGCAAGUCACCAUAGGAUUAAAUCCAAAUCCCCACCAGAUACAUCAAUACACGUAACCUAUCUAUGUCAUGGCACCGAAUCCAAGUCCUGCUCCAGUCCCCCAGAUCCUCAAUUCGCGCAGGCUAGCUAUGGUAUGGGACUCAAUCUUGGUCCUCCAUGGAUACCUCAAGCCCCCAAUUUCCCUCACCUGUCUCAGCACUUGCAACCUAGCUAUGGCAUGGGAUACAAUUUCGGUCCUCCACAGAUGCCUCAAUAUCCACAACCUAGCUAUGGCAUGAGAUACGAUGUCGGUCCUCCACAGAUGCCUCAAUACCCGCAACCUAGCUAUGGUAUGGGCUACAAUGUCGGUCCGCCAUGGAUACCUCAAUACCCGCAACCUAGCUAUGGUAUGGGAUACAAUUUUGGCCCUCCACAGAUGCCUCAAUACCCGCAACAUGGUUAUGGCAUGGGAUGCAAUUCAAGUCCUGCUCAGUUCACUCAGUUCACUCAGUUCCCUCAGAUGCCUCAGUACCCAAAACCAAGCUAUGGCAUGGCACCACCUCUUAAUAAUCCGCCGGUUCAUCAGCAAGUUUCAAACAAUGGCCCUGUUGAUCGGAAACCUUCAAACAGUGACAAUGUUGAUCAGAAACCUUCAAACAGUGACAAUGUUGAUCAGAAACCUUCAAACAGUGGCCCUGUUGAUCAGCAGCCUUCAAACAGUGACUAUGUUGAUCAGAAACCUUCAAGCAGUGACAAUGUUGAUCAACAGCCUUCAAAUAAUCGGUCUGAUCGAGAAGAUAAUGGAACGAAGAAACGAAGGCAAGUCAUUUUGUUCCAUUCGUGCUCGAGUUUGUGUUUCGUUUUAAAUAUCACACCAAAGCAGUCCAUGGUAAAUACAUACCUCGAAAUGGCCACCGUUCUAUGUCGAGUGGCAUAUCAUAAUGUUGUGGCGGAAAUUGAGUUGGCUGUCUUGUGGACGCACGUUUCGUUGACCAAUUCCCGCCCUCCAACGACCCACCUCAAGUUUUAG